CUUAGCUAUCAGCCAGCUGCAUUAAUUAAGGCAUAUCUAUAUAUAAAGCUCCAAUGCCACUAUGCGUUAUUGGGAUCUAUGCAAAAGUCCUUUGGUAUCAGAGAAGAGUAUUGUGUUUCCAAGGAGCUAUUCUACGCAAUUAAUAGCUAAAUGCACUCCCAAGAGCUCCACAUUAUACACCUUGUUAAUAUCAACAAGUUCUAUAUCGGGUUCGAGAUAGUAUAUAGCUUUCAGGACCCGCAUUUUCAACCCGACCUAAGUCAGCUAAACGGACUUCGCCGAUAUAAAGGUCUCGGGUUUAAACGCAUAAUGGAGGUAUAUGGCUAUGCUUGGUUUCUUAAUAAGAUCGACUGGAAUACGCUUACUUUCCGGCAACCCUAUACGGCCUAUAUGAUGUUUAAUAACCUAUCCAUGCAGACUGUUUAUCGCGCUCGGUACCACCAAGUACGAGAUGUACGGAUUGACUUUAUUCGAGUGGAUAAGGCUUAUCAAUGGAUGCUCGAGUUUAGUGCCAUACCUAUAUGCCUCGACCUCUUGGAGAAUUACCUUCGAGAGCUCUGCUUGUGUGCCUUUCAAAAGGAUGUCUUCUUUCAUGUUAAGUCAGCUCUAAAGCCAGAGUGUAUGGAGGCUGCAUUAGCAGGAGACAUUCCCCUCUGCUAUAAUAGUGUUAACAAUACCAUACUCAAAAAUUACCAGCCACUUCAGCUUGCGCAAGGAAAUAGGUUGGCAGUGAAGGAUAUUUAUAUGUUAUUUACUUGGCUUUGGAAAUCGAAGGAUGACCAUUUUAAACGGCAGGGGUGGAAUGAGAAGCUAUACUGUAUGCUAUUCCAGCAGAGCUUCCAUGCCAUCAGGACCGCACGAGGACUUAUCAGACACUACGCCAAGUCCCGACAGACUGGAACACUUGCCCAUCCACUGCCAGCAUCUAAUAUUGAAAAUCAUCCUAUUAACGGCUGGCAAUUAGUAGGUUCUCAGUUUUCCAGGAGCUAUAUGCUCUAUGUUAUACAACCCGAACAGGAAUUGAUUCGAAUGCCUGAAAAUGAGCUCUAUGCCCAGUUGGUUGCUCUUCGGGAGCAAGUAUCAGCUGGGCUGCCUCAAAGCCCUUCUAUUAUACCUAUACUGGAAUUAGAUACCUCUUCCGAGAGUUCUUUUUUUCCAAAGAAAUGCAACUUGAGUUUAAUUUCAGGAAGUGAUGAAGCUAAGGCUACUUUAGAUGAGGAGGGCCUUGUUGUUAUGUGGAAAAAGCAAAAGAAGUCUUAUAACUCUAUCUUGAGGAAGUUAAAUUGCUAUUUAGAAAGAGUUGAAUAAUAGAUAAGAAGAUAGUAGACCUUAUUGAAAACUCUAUAUAAAUUCAAACCGUGCUAUUAAUAAC